CUUCGUUCUUAUUAAACAUGUCAGAACAAUCACUUUCUACUAUUAAUCACCACUCUCAAACAAUCACUAAAAAGAAGACGAGUAAAACAACACACGUACCUACUGCUUGUAUCAACUGUAAAAAGGCACAUUUAGCUUGUGAUUUAUCGCGACCUUGCAAAAGAUGUUCUACAUUAGGAAAAUCAGAUACAUGCAUUGACAUCAAACAUAAAAAGCGAGGUAGACCGAAAUUGAACGCCAUCAAAAAGCACACCCCUACGCCUUCACAACCACCAAAACAGACUUCAUUUGUAUCUGUACAAGCACCUGCCUUAUUGCCCUUAAAUACCUCUAUCCAUAGUUCAUUUAAAAUGACAUCUUUUCGAGAACAAAAACGAGAGGAAAAUAGAUUACCCCCCGAAAUGAUGACGAUGUUUCUUUCCAUGGAUCUAUGCUGUGCUCGAGCAUCAGACGAGUCUGUCAAGUUCUUUCAUAUGGACCCUACUACACUAGGACAUCGUUCAUUGUAUGACCUGAUCCAUCCAGACUCCUCCGAGACUCUAUCUCGAUUACAUCGUAUUCUUCUAGACAAUUGCCAUCAUCAUGUCACACAGCCCAUCUCAUUCACGCCUGCCAGCUCCGACGCGUUCCUUACCACAUCACCUGCCCAACUCUUAUCAAUAGCAAAUGGAUCUCAAACACUAGUUGAGUCACUACGUUUCAAAUCAUCCACAUUUGAAUGUAAAUUCUAUAUGGGAGGGGGCCUUGGAGGAGACUUGUUUAAGCCUUGUUCACUGAACCAACUCUAUAUUGUCUGCCUUAUUUCUUACAGUCCCCAUUCAUAUCCCGAUAUUAUUGACACUAUUCUCAACAAAGACCCCAUAUUGGAUUCAAAUUUCAUGUUAAACAACAAUAUGGAUCUAGUGAACCAGUUAUAUGAGGUGAUCAUGUCACCUUCUUCCUCUUCUUCUUCUGUGACCGAACAUAGCCCUAAAUACCAUAGUGAUGAUGAAGAAAAGAUGGUACCACAAGAACAGGGAUUUUCUUGUUUGUUAGACGAUUUUCUCCAUUCUCCAGAACAUCAAAAAUUGAAUGCGGCACCAAUAGGAGACCUUGUACAUGAUUUUCUGAAUGAUAACCCUACUUAUUGGUUGGGAUAAAAUCUUUUUUUGUAGUCAUCUUGAUUCUCACCACAUUGUACCAUAUAUGACAAGAAAACCUUGGCUAAUAUUUAUUCCAAAUA